UCGAGUCUCUGCCCUCAGGUGCCCUGCUGGGGAUGAUGGGACUUGGAGGGCACCCAAUUAGGAAGGGGCACCCGGUUCUUCCCUGCCCCUCCUCCCCAGAAGCAGGGGAGGGAAGGAGCCUCCCCUCCAGCAGCGAAUAAACACCGCUCCCUCCCUUGCCCUGGCACAACGGGGGCAAGGCCCUGGUCAGCGGUGCCCAAGUCAGCUCUUGCCAAGGCCUCCCCAGGCUGCGGACUGGCAGGCGACCUUCCCAGGCGGUGCAGCUCAACAUGGAGCCGGCUACACCCAAGAGAGGCUUCAGCUUCACCUUGACAACAGUUACAGGGGCCUUCUCCACCCUGCCUUCCCCCCCCAACAUCAGCUACGUCUUCGAUGAGAGCAGCUGCAUCUUGAGCGUCCGGUGGGAUCCAGUCAGGCUCCCCCCCGGGAAUCCCUGUGGGGAGAUGUAUUACACUGGCCUCUUCAAUGGCAAAACGUGGAUCCAAGAGAACUGGAGUGACGUCCUGUCCAAGAAAAUGGCGGUCCUUCUAGGGAAAAACAUGACUUUUGGGCUACGAACAGCUUGUAGGAACAACAGCGAUGAAGGAGAAUUGUUUAAGAUCCCUCUGGAGCAGAACGGGACCCCAGAGACAGGAGCUACCAAUGUCAGCUGCAUUUGUCAUAACAUGGAAUGGAUGGCUUGUUCGUGGAAGCGAGGAAGGCGAGCGCCUCUGGACACCAGCUACAACCUCUCCUUCUGGCACGAUAACCUGGAAGAAUGGCAGCGGUGCACAAAUCGCAGCGUCGAUGGAGACACCUUCCGAUGUGUUUUUCCGAUCAACUGUUCCGGAGAACGCACCCUGGUUCUCUCUGUCCGAAGCGGCUCUAAAGACAUCCAGCCGGUGUGCGUGCUUACGAAGGAAGGUACAGAAAAGUCUGAUUAUCCAAUAAAACUUAAUCCACCAUCAAACCUGAAAAUCGUGGAGGGCAAUAAUGUUCGUUUUCUCACAUGGCAUGCUCCCAGCUCCUGGAGUGGCAUAUGCUAUAAUAUUGAAAAGAAUGGCGUUAGGAAUGAGUCUUAUGAAGACGACACCAAAGUCACCAUCACCCUUGAGGCCAAGAAGUAUCACACGCUCAGAGUGAGGGCUGUGCUGGGCGCGAUUGGCAGGAACUGCAAAGAAGUCCGAGGCCUCUGGAGUGAAUGGAGCGAGGCCAUAUACUGGGAUGAUCGGGACAAGUUUGAAAUAUUGGACAUUGUUCUGUUUGUCACGAUUCCAUUAUGCGCUGCAGUCCUGACCAUUGUUCUCCUCAUUUACCUGAAGAGGAUUCAGCUGUUGAUCUUCCCAAAAAUUCCUGACCCUGAAAAAGUUCUAAAACGAAUAUUUGAAGAUCAGAGAGAAGAGUAUCUACCUGUUGAAUAUCCAUCCGAAUUCAUCAAACCCGAUACAAUCAGUAGAAACAGACUACAGGAUGAGCUAGCCAAGGGAAACCCUGGGCUUCUACUCGCAACGCUACAGGAAAUGAGAAAGUCAGGUUGCUGUCUUUAUAUCAAACGACUUCUGAAUGUAAACCAAGCAAGCCCAAGGCUGCAGGACAAAGACUCAUCUCAAGAGGUGAUGGGUGGCCUCUUGGAGAAGGACCUUUGCACGCAUUCGCUUAUUCAUUGAACACACCUUGAUGGAUCCAGCAAAUGCAGACAGGAGAAGUGGAAAUUCACUCUUCACCUGACAAUUUUCCCUUUGUCCCCAAAGUUAUCAAAAACUGAAUAUCAAGCCGCACGGUAGCUUCUGUGAAGUAACAUUGGCUCUAAAGGACUGGUGUUUUUAUACACAUGUGCCAGUUCACCAGCAACACAGUUAUCUGCAAUCAAAACUGGCAAAGCUUUUAGCCCUACACAAACGGUGUGAUAGUGAUAGCAACCUGACCCCCAUCAGGACGAAUCCACAAUUUCUCAAGAGGAGGCAAAAUGGCAGACAAAACUGGUGAUGCUUGCAUCCAUUAUUAUUAUUAUUAUUAUUA